AUAAAGUUGUCAAUAUUUGAAUUCUGCUCUGUCAAGUCUUUCUUAGCAUUAAUUCUUUAUUCUGUACCUUGGCUUUGCGACUUUGUAUUUUGCAGAUUUAUUUCAACUCCAUUUACAUCAUUGUCAUUCUUUUUAUUCCCAGCUUGAAAUUGUGAUAAAAUUCACCAUAGCAAAAGAAAGGCCGAGCGGAAAGACUUUAGAAUUCAAAAUUGAAGCGAGCAGUGUAAGCAAUGAGUUGACACCAAACGAUAACAUCGCCAUAGUGAAAGUUGAAACUGGCUUGUUAGCUGAUAUCACGAUUUCCGGAUCUGCUAGUCCUGAGAAUUUUUUCUAUGAUAAAGAGGCAAUUGCUGCAACGUCUGAUUUGAAGAAUGAAACACAAGUCGGUCCUGUAGUGGAAUACACUUUCUUUGUCCAGAACCGAGGUCCCAGCCCGGUGGAAGGACUUGAGGCACAAAUCAGUCUAGUUUUCCAGCACAACAAAAAAUGGGUUCUGAUGUUAUUCAGUGCAACAGUCGAUGGGAUAGCCUCUUGUAACGUUGGUAAAAGAUUGAAUCCUCUAGGUUUAAACUUGACAAGCAGUGAUGCCUUGAAGAAGUCCCGGAAAAGGAGAGAAGUAAAGGUUCAAGAGAAAGGAACAGUCAUAUUGAACUGCAGAACUGGCACGUGCUCUCCAAUCACUUGUAAACUGAAGACCUUGACAAAAGGAGCUAAUAGAGAAAUCAAGUUAAGAACGAGGCUGUUUCAAAAUACAUUCAUUGAGGAAAAACGAGGACCAACUGAAAUCAUAUCCAAAGCAAGCAUCACUAUUCCGUCCCAAGAAUUGGAAUUUUUACCUCCUCGUUACAGGAAUCAGACAAUUUCAACAGAGGUGUCCAUACAUGUUAGCCCUCCUGUCUCCACCAGUCUCAAGGAAUCAGAGCCUAUUGCUUGGUGGAUAAUCUUCCUCUCUGUCCUCGGGGCCUUGCUUUUGAUUACUGCGGUAAUCAUUGGCCUGUGGAAGGCUGGCUUUUUCAAUCGCAAGCGAAUCAAGGAUAUAUCCGAUCCAACCAUGGAGGAUGACAUGGAUUAAAGAUUUAGAAUGAUAGCACGACAAAUGAUGGCAAUACAUAGUCAUGUCCUUGCAGCCAUUUGUAAAGGACUCGUUUUUCUCUUAAUUUGGUGCUAUGUGAAUUGAUUAUAGAACAAAACAAAUAAUGGGCAAAAUGCUCGGUUUCACUUCGCUGGUGAUACUGCUGUAAAGGCUAGAAAACAAAAUUGUUUGACGUUGCCUAGAAAAAGAUAAACGUGUAGCAACAUAACACCACCAACGCAAGGAAAUCAAGCAUUUGCACAUUUGAAUGAUGCAUCAUUGUCAAUUUUUUCCAGCCACAAUGCGUGCUAAAUGUUCUUGGAACACCCUACAGUCAAUGAAUUAAUUUGGAAAUUUAAAGGUUUUCGGCAGAAUCCCCCUCCCCGGAAAGCAAUGUCUGUUGACAGGCUUUUUACUUGAACUUUUUGACAGAACUACAUUGGAAAAAUUUAGACUCUGAAAAUCUGCUAUUCAAUAUUGUUGCACGAGGAAGCGGGGAUGCUGCUGAGGAUAUGUGGUAUUCUAGCGUAGGGUACCAAGAUGUUUUGCAGGCAUUGUAAGUAAUCGAUGAUAAGUCAUUUUCUCUAAUUUUUGCAACUUUUCCUAGUUGAUCAUGUAUUGCAUUAUUCGAUUUCCAGCUAGUAAUUCUUUAAGAGUACUUCAGGUUUGUAGAUGUUUGAUCUGACUCGUAUAUAGAAUGAGUCUCAAAGGCUGAAAUACAAUCAAUGUACCGAUUGAACAGACAUUUAUAUGACAACUGAUAACCUACACAGCCUUAAGAAAAAAAUUCAGAGCCUUUUUUAUAUGCGUUACUAUAAAUAUUCCUCAAAGCAAAAGCAACAUUGUUGUUACUGCCUAUCUUAAUCAAUUGACUCAUUGAAAUCUCUUUUAUAUCAAAGUAGAAAUAGGUAACAGGUUUUGCUUGAUAUCACCUUAUUGCUUGAUACCGCGUGACGAGUUUGAUAUCGCGUUAAAUGAACGUUGUUUUCUUACUGCGGAAACUAAGCCUUGAACCUAGUAGUCUACAAAGUCAUUAUUUCUUAUCGUGAUAAUGAAACCUAACUUGUUUAAACUUUAAGAAUAUCAAAGUGAGUAACGGGGUGUCAAUGGGACUACUUUGAGUCGAAAGGAAUUCUUUAAAAUUUAUUUUGUGAAUCAAUACGUAAUAUUUUUAUCAGAUGAACCUUUUUAUAAAAUCUGUUUUAUAUGUUGUUAAAAACAAUGGCGUUUUUUAUUUAAAGUUAUUUUACGCUAAUUUACGUUAAGUUAAUUUCUAUAUUAACAAGUUGUUGACAUUUGAUAGAAAAGAGACGAAAUUUCGCUAAGAA